AGACAAGCAGCUACAGUUCUAAUCCCAAGGUCAGGCGCAGUUUAAGCAGCGGUAACCAUGCAAUUAUUUAUUGAUAUUAUAGCAGAAAUGACUAUAUAUUUUUUUGGUUUGGGCCUUCGUGUCCUAGGUUUCAUUUAACUGUUUAUAUUUGAACAAUGUGUCCCCCCCCCCCCCCCCCGCCCCCGCACAGAGCAGCCUAGGAUAGCGAGGGCCAGGAUACCUUUGGAAAAAUCGAAACCAUGAAGAGCACUUUGAGCAAACUGGGUGGAUACUCCAACCUUUGGAAUAAUGAAUAGCUUUGAGAUCCGUUAUUGUUUUUUUGUCAGAAGGUAGCUGUACACACUCAGCAGCAGCUGUGUUUAAAUUGUCAUCGUAUAUUUCUUAAUGCAAACAAGAACAGCUUUUCACUUAUGGGAGACAUUGAAACUUUGCCACGUCGAAAAUCUCACAGUUCUACCACAUAUUUUGAUUAUGUUGAAUAUGAUUUAAGAUUUCUCACGAACUGAAAACUGUCCUUGUAGUUUAUCCAUCUGCCAAACACUCCCUGUCACGCGACGGAUUAUCCUCUUGUUGCAAUUAUAAUGGGCAACAAAGAUUUUGCUUCCUGAAAGCUUUUGGGCGCGUCUAAUGGAUUUUCGGCUGCUGUUCAUAAAAGUCACCAUGAAACUUCCGUAUCUCACAGCAGUCCUUAAUGUACCAAAAAUGAGAAAGUUCCAGCGCUUCGCCGUGUCCUGUAUCAUAUUUCUGAUCGGAACAUUUGCACUUCUAAAUCCGACUCUAGCAGAUACCCGCCUGGGAAUAUCCAGGUCUUCUAAAGCAGCUAAAGGUUAUGAGGACAAAAUAAAAUUGCGUGAACCAGGUGCACACGAUCACCCAGCAAAUAAUGCAGGGGUUGAAAGCAAAACGGAAAACACAUCAGAGGAACUGUCCAAAAACACUUGGAUCCUCCCUGUUGCCAUCGUUAUCUCAUUCAUCGUGGGAUUAAUUGUUGGAUAUUUUGUGAAAAAAUGCUGGAAGAAAUGUUGUCGGAACGGUUAUGAAAAUGAGCAGAAUGACUGUGGUGAACAACGUGCAAUUCUAGGGUCUGGUGCUUGCAUGUCAGAAGCUCCUACCAGUAUCACCACUUUUGGAGAAGAAGUCAGGCCAUCAGCAUCUCCUGUGAUGCCAAAGCACAGAACUGCUAAGAAGAAAUCUAAAGAUGAAGAUGGUGUUAACGAAAUUACACAAGAAUUGGCGCGAUACACCGAUCUCAAGCUGUACAGAAUUACGGAAAUCUGCCGUGACAAAUUGGAAUCGACAAUUAAAGAUGUCGUAGAGCAGAUUAUUGAGACGCACGAGAGUACAGGUAGAACGCCAGAAAUAAACUUUGAGGAAAUAAGAAAGCUGAACAGAAGUAACAAAAGGCUCGACGCUUCGCAACUACUGUUGAAAUUACUACUUCAGGGAGACGUUCAGGGAUGUAGAAUAUUUUGGAAUACACUUAUCAGAAAGCCAGUAGACCGGCAAUAUCUGCUUAUAUUGCUGGAACAGAAAGUUGAGGAAGAAGUGAUACUUCAACACAGAUACAAUCUCCGAGUUCAGAGUAGGAAUAUGAAAAUGCCCAAGUCACGUUUAAUUUCUGACAUCUAUACUGAGCCGAGGAUUACCUUGACACACACUGAGCAUGGCGAUGUAACAGAAAAAAGUAAUGAUCACGUUGAGAUCCAUGAACUAUUGAAAAGACGCAGCAGCGAUACUGAUAAGACCAACAUCAGCGUCGUCUAUGGGGCUGCAGGGACUGGGAAAACCACCCUAAUACAGAAGAUAAUCCACGACUGGGCGAAGGGAAUUACAUAUGAAGAGUUCAAAUUCGUCCUUCAUUUAAAAGUUCAGCAUUUAAAUGCAAUAAAAGGUAGAAUAACGUUAAGUGGAUUGAUAGCUGACACAUAUCCUCACUUGGAAAAUUAUCUGGAUGACUUGUGGAAAGAACCCAAACGCUUAUUAUUUAUAUUUGAUGAUUUAAGUCAUUUGGAUCCACCCAUCAGUUUCCCUGAUGAUGAAAGAAACAGCGAUCCACGGCACAGAUGUACCGGACCAGAGUCUAUUUGUUUAGUACGCGACAUCCUGCGCUGCCUCCUACAGGGAGAGUUUCUGAAAGGUUGCUCAGUGCUGAUCACAGCCCGGCUUUGGAAGCAGGAAACGUUGUGUCAUGUAACAGUAGAUUCAACCUCCCAAAUCACGGGUUUCACUUCUGAGAAAGCAAAAGAAUAUUUUUGCAGUUAUCUCGCCAAUGAGCAGUACGCAAACGGUAUUGUGCAAUUAAUUGAGCAGAAUGACAUAUUGCGAAACAUGUGUUGCGACCCUCUAUUUUGCUACGCCCUCGCCUCCUCACUAGAAUCUCACAAACCACAAAGAGAGGAACAGAAGGCAAUGCCCGUCAUAAACCAUACCCAGGUGCUCUUUGACUACAUCGUACCUCUUUGCAGAGCAUGCGGAUAUGACGACAAGCCAACUCUGGAGAGUUUAGUUAAAGUUGGCGGAUUAGCCUACAAAGGAAUUACGCAUAACACGCUUUCUUUUGAAGCCGGCGCUUUGAGUGAAAUGAAUUACUGCCCUCCAAACUUUACCUCUGCCUUUAUGAUCCAGGACGCAGACAAACAGAACAGUGGUCUUGUUUAUGAGUUCAGGCACUCUGUUGUACGAGACUUCCUUGCUGCAGUUGCGAAAAUCCUAGAUACUCCAAUAGCUCAACUGAAAGGGCUGCUCGAUCAGCAAUUUACGGACACUACCGGCAGAUUCAGGACAUUUUCACUUUUUCUCGUUGGCCUGUCUUCGCAGAUAUCAGUGGAUCGCCUCAAGCGGCAACUGGGUUCAAACCGUUCUGAAGUUCAUUCGUGCAUCUCCCAAUGGCUCAGGGAAAGUGUUAAAAGACGCCUGAAACACAUGGAACAAAGCAUGGUUUUACACACACUGUACUCCUUGCUUGAAUUUGGAGACGAUCAAGUAUUGCAAGAGGUGCUUACUCCCACUACAACAGUUAAGUUAAACCAACUGCGUCUCACUUCUCUCGACUGCACCGUUUUAUCCAGAACUUUAAUCUAUUCUGGGAUGAUUGAGGAGUUGGAUCUCAGUUCAUGCUUUGUACAGCCAGAAGAAAUUCAGAAACUGGAACCCAUGCUGCACAGAUGUGUAAUUCUGAGAUUGAAUCAGAAUAAACUACAAGACUCUGGAGUGAAGCUCAUCUUGAAGUCUUUGGAAAAAGUUGACUGCAAAAUACAAACUUUGGAGCUGAAAUCUAACCAUCUUACAGAUGAUUUUCUAUGUGAACUUUUUUCCGUUCUCCGUACAAAUCGUUCGCUAACGCUGCUGAACCUGAGCAAUUCCAGUCAGGAUGGGCAACAUGACAAUCGAUUUACUUCUGAAAGUCUGCAACGUCAUGUGGAUAAUUAUACUCAGCACAAAAAAAUCAGAUGGCUACGCUAUGGACAUACUGGACUGGAUAAUACAUCAAACGUUUUCACCUUAAUAACGCAAUGAACGUCAAACAUGUUACAUUUAUUUACAUGAAUACAACGCACUCCGUUGUACAUCCAAUGUUAUUUGAUGUAAACGAUUCAGUUUAAUGCAGUUUGAAGAUAAUGCCAGGGUGUUUGUUCACGCUGGAGAACUGAACAAUAAGAUACAUGCCGUACAUCAGAAAUAUUUGCUUGUAUGUUUGAUCUCAAUUAUAUCCUCAAUUAGUUUCCAAUUUUGCUUUAUGUACUAUUAAAUAGCAACGGCUGGUAUAAUUUUGGUGUACGAACAUAGACUAUUCCACGUAGCCGACAUAGAAGCGGACAUAGCUGGAACACACGUGAGUGCCCAUGGCUACACAUUUAAUUUGAAGGAAAUGGGAGGAGUUAAAGGAAAAAUUAUUCGGAGUGAAGCCCUUGGGAGAUUCAACUUCUUCUGGCUGACCGAGUGUAGUUGUUUGGUGCAGCGCUCCCCAAUCUAGGUUAGGUCACACCGAUAUAUAGGAUGCCACACCGGGAGCACUAAACACAGUAAAUGACUCCAAUGGUCUCACAGGUGAAGCGUCGCCUCAUCUGGAAGGACUGGCCGGGGCCCUGAAUGGUAGUGAAGCAGGUGGUGUAGGGGCAGGUUCAGCACUUGUUCCGCUUGCAAGGAUAAUUGCCAGGAGGGAGAACAGUGGGGAUCGAUGAAUGGGCAAGGCGGUCGCCUAGGUACUGAUCUCUGCGCAAGUAGAAAGUGGUUUGGGUGGAGGGAAAGAUGAACUUGGUGGUGGGAUCCCGUUGGAGAUGGUGGAAGAUGCGAAGAGCUAUGUGCUUUACACGGAGGCUAGUGGGAUGAUAAGUGAGUACAAGAUGAACCCUAUCCCUGGUAGACGUUAGUGAAAUUGAGCUGAUGUGGCUGAAAACAGUGUUAAUAGUGAAGGAAGGAAAGCCCUUUUCUUUUAAAAGUAGCCUAUCGCCUUCGUUUCAGAAUGAAAUGCCUCAUCGUGAGAGCAGAUGCGGCGAAGACAGAGGAAUUGAGGGAAUGAAAGGGCGGUUUUACAACUAACAGGGUGGGCGGAGAUAUAGUCUAGGUAGCUGUGACAUUCAGUGGGUUUGUUAUUUACAUCGCAGCUAAGCUGUCUCCAGAGACAGAGACAGAGAGAUGAAGAAAAGGAAGAAAGGUGUGGGAAACGGGCCAGGUAAAUUCGCGGGAAGGGUGGCAGUUGGAGGUAAAGUGGAUGAAGUUGACUGGUUCCGCAAGUGUAGAGGAGGUAGCACCAAUGCAGUCGUCGAAGUAACGACGGAAAAGUGCGGCUCGGUCAGCAGUGCAGACUUGAAACAUGGACUGUUCCAGGUGUGCGACAAACAGGCAGACAUAACUAGGCUCCAUCCAAGUUCCCACAGCUGCAGCUUUAGUUUGAAGAAAAUGGGAGGAACCAAAGGAGAAAUUAUUUCGAGUGAAGGCGAGUUCCGCUAGGUAAAGGAGAGUGGUGCUGUAGGGAAGCUGAUUAGGUCUGUGGCCAGAAAGAAACGGCGAGAUUUGAGGCUUCUUAGUUGGGGAUGGAGGAACAUAGGGGCUGGACAUCCACAUGGAAGUAAAAUGAUGGGGACCACGACCAAAACUCAUUGAAAGGAUCCACAGCGUGCGAAGAGUCACGGAUGUAAGUAGGAAGAGACUGGACCAGGGGGAUAAAACACAGUCGAAAUUUGCAAAAAUGAGUCAGUGGGGCGGGAGCAAGCCGAAAUAAUGUGUCUACCUAGACAACCGGGUUUGUGGAUCUUCGGUAAAAGGUAGAAACGGUAAGUACGUGUGCGGGAACUAUGAGGUAGGUUGCGGAGGCUGGGAGAUCUCCAGAGUCAAUUAGGACGAUGAUGGUGCGGAGGACAAUGGCCUGUUGCUCUUUACUGGGGUCUUGCUCGAAGGAUUUGCUGAGAGUUUUCGCUGAGUCUCAGCAAGUUAGACGUCAGUACGUCAGACGACUACAGAACUUAUCUGCGGGUUUGAUGAUGAGUGAUUUUCAAUCACUCUGGUAUUCGGAGAAUUUUACACGGACAAAAGCAAUAAUGAAUUUACAUAGAACUGUCCAGAAAUUGUACAGCGAGAUAAACACAUGGAAAUACUCUUGGCAAUCUUUACUUAUUUUACCAUGCAAUAAAUCCUAUAUAACAGAAUGGACGUCGUAUAUAUGU